AUGGAGCUCACCAUGGAGAACAUCCACAGCAUCUCCUCGCACUCCCAGGUGGGGAACCUGAUGAGCUCGCGGCCGUCGCCUUCCCCUAGCUCCGCUUCCCGGAAUCUGGUGUCGCACGCCCCCGGCGGGCGCUCGGCGAUGGUCUCCGGCAUGACCUCCAUCCUGGAGAGCUCCGGCGGAGACUACCGGCCCGAUCCAUCCUCGUUGUCGGGACACAUGCACCCGUCCAUCAGCAUGUGCGAGAACGCGAUGAGUCUGAGCAACACGUACACGACCCUGGCCCCGCUGCAGCAUCUACCUCCCAUCUCCACCGUGUCGGAGAAGUUUCACCAUCCGCAUUCGCACCACCACGCCGCGGCCCACCCGCGCCUCUCCUCCGGGAACGUCAGCGGCAGCUUCACGCUGAUGCGGGACGACCACCGCGGGCUCGCCCCAAUGGGCAAUCUGUACAAUCACUACCCCAAAGAGAUGUCCGGCAUGGGCCACGGCUCGCUGUCCCCGCUGCCCAGCGGCCUGGGCUCUUUGCACAACCCCCAGCAGCCGCUCUCGUCCUACGGCCCGAGCGCGCACCUUCCCGCCGAAGCCAAGAUGCUUUCCCCGGUGCCGGGGUUCGAGUCUCACGCCUCCAUGCUGUCGAGGAGCGAGCAAGAGCACCUGGCGAGGAGCUUAGGAGGCCACGGCCACGGCAUGAUCUCCAACCUGAACGGCAUGCACCACCACCCGCACGGCCACCUCCACUCGCAGCCCGGCGGCGCGGCGAUGCUGGGGGACCGGGAGAGGCACGGCCACGGCAGCGGGCAGGGAGGCGCGGGCUCGGGCAUCCAGGCGGAGGAAAUCAACACCAAGGAAGUGGCCCAGAGAAUAACGGCAGAAUUGAAGCGAUACUCCAUCCCGCAGGCCAUAUUCGCCCAAAGGAUCCUAAGCCGAUCCCAGGGGACGCUCUCGGACCUGCUCCGGAACCCGAAACCCUGGAGUAAGCUUAAGUCCGGCCGGGAGACGUUUAGGAGGAUGUGGAAGUGGCUGCAAGAGCCCGAGUUCCAGCGGAUGUCUGCUCUGAGGCUGGCCGCAUGUAAACGCAAGGAGGAAGACCGAGGACGAGAGCGCAACCAGGUGCCAAAGAAGCAGCGGCUGGUCUUCACAGACCUGCAGCGUCGUACCUUGGUAGCAAUCUUCCGAGAGAACCACCGUCCCUCCAAGGAGAUGCAGCUUACCAUCUCCCAACAGCUAGGCCUGGAGCUCUCCACCGUCUCCAAUUUCUUCAUGAACUCACGCCGCCGCUGUCCGGAUCGGUGGGACGUCGAGGAGCACGCUCAAGGGGCGCACGGCCACAUACACGCUGCUCACAGACACGGCAAUGCUAACUCCUCGCCCGUCCACCCUGGUACCUCCUCGGUCAGCAUUUUCUCUAAGGCUUGA